AUGACAAAUCUUCCAGCUUUUGAAUUUAAAGUAGUAAUGAUAGGAGCGGUGGCUGUUGGAAAAACAUCCAUUGCAAACCGAUUGCAGUUUCAAGUUUUCGAAGACGAUUACCAACCAACAAUUGGAGCAGGAUACAUUCCUUAUAAGACAGAAUUUAAUGGCAAGCUCGUUGAACUACAAAUAUGGGAUACUGCCGGCAUGGAAAAGUAUAAAUCCCUUGGUUCAAUUUAUUAUCGAGAUUCUAACGCAGCAAUUUUAGUUUACGAUCAAUCUAGUCAAGAAUCAGCUGAUGCUCUCGACUCGUGGCUUAAUAUAUUUAAAUCAUCAGUAAAAUCAGACGUAAUAAUAGCUGUUGCAGCCAAUAAAGACGAUUUACCAAAGAAAGUUGUUGAUAAUGCCAAAAUGGAAGAAUGGGCAAACCAACAACACUAUCCGUUUUUUGUUACAUCCGCAAAAACAGGAGUUGGCAUCCAAAAUCUUUUUAAUAAAAUCAUUGAGCUCCUGAUGGAAUCGGCAACAGCAAGUUCAAAAGAGAAAAUCAAACUUCGCAGUACAAAAGGCUGUUGCUAA